AGCUCCCCACGUUGAAUUUCCCCGCCAAACUCUAAAGCCGGGAGGCGCUUUUUGCGCGGGCUGCAGGAGUUGCUGGGCACCUCUCCUGUCUAGCAUAUUUAUAGACCUGGAUAUAGUUUAUACAAAGAAAUAUCUAUCUAUCUAUCUGCCACGUAACUGAUAUAUAUAUAUGUAUAUAUAUAUAUAUAUAUGUAUGUAUGUAUGUGUGUGUGUAUUGAUUAAUCAGCAAUAUCGGAGCAAUUUUAGUUUUAUUUUUUUGUUUUGGGAAAAAAAAGGCGCGCUUUUUUCAUCUCCGGAUUUGCAGGCACAGAGGAGAGGGAGCAAAAGUUGUCUUUUUAAAUAACAAGGUACAGCCACAAUGUGGAUUCAAGUGCGCACCAUGGAUGGAAAAGAGACUCGUCGAGUGGACUCCCUUUCCAAACUCACCAAAGUGGAGGAGCUCCGGCAGAGGAUACUUGAAGUGUUCCGGGUGGCACCUGACAGACAAAGGCUCUUCUACCGGGGCAAACAGAUGGAAGAUGGUCAUUCCCUUUUUGAUUACAGCGUUGGCUUGAAUGAUAUCGUUCAGCUGCUGGUGAGACAAAGCCCCACUAUCCUGCCUUUGGCAAACAAAGAGAAGGAUUCCGAACUUUCCGACACUGACUCUGGCUGCGGUUCGGGCCAAAGCGAAUCUGACAAAAACUCCAAUAAUGGGGAGGGGUCUGUGGAGAUGGAGGGGCAGCCCAGCACAGCUGCUCAGACUGAUCUGGUGGACCCAGGCUUUGGAUUCUACAAGAUCAAUGAGUUGGUAGAUGCCCGUGAUACAAGGAUGGGAGCCUGGUUUGAAGCUCAGGUUGUCAACGUGACCCACAAAGGAAAAACGGCCAACAAGGCAAGUGACAGUGAUGAGGAAUCAGAUCUGCAAGAAGCCAUCCCUGACGAAGACAUUGUAUAUCACGUGAAAUACGAAGACUAUCCAGAGAAUGGUGUCAUCCAGCUGAGCUCCAGAGAUGUACGUGCUCGUGCCAGGACAACUCUGAAGUGGGACGAACUAGAAAUAGGAGAUGUUGUCAUGCUAAAUUACAAUCCUGAUGAUCCAAAGGAGAGGGGAUUUUGGUAUGAUGCCGAGAUCCUACAAAAGCGAGAAACCAGAACUUACAAGGAGUUAUAUGCCAAGAUAGUUCUUGGGGAUACUGGUGAUAUCUUGAAUGAUUGCCGGAUUACUCUUGUGGAUGAAAUCUACAAGAUUGAAGAACCUGGGUGUGCUAUUCCGCUCACUUCUGAAAGCCCAGUAAAAAGGCAGAGUGGGCCUGUGUGUAAGCACUGUAAAGACAACCCUAGCAAAACGUGUCGGAUGUGUGCCUGCCACGUGUGUGGUGGCAAACAGGAUCCUGAGAAACAGCUGAUGUGCGACGAGUGUGACAUGGCCUUCCACAUCUACUGUCUUAACCCCCCUCUUAGCAGGAUACCCGAUGAUGAGGACUGGUAUUGCCCUGAAUGUCGCAAUGAUGCCAGCGAGGUGGUUUUGGCUGGUGAGAAGCUAAAAGAAAGCAAAAAGAAAGCCAAGAUGGCCUCUGCAAGUUCAUCCUCUCAGCGGGACUGGGGCAAGGGCAUGGCAUGUGUAGGCCGCACGAGAGAAUGCACCAUUGUCCCAUCGAACCAUUAUGGGCCGAUCCCUGGGGUUCCAGUUGGAACCAUGUGGAAGUUCAGAGUCCAGGUGAGUGAGUCCGGUGUCCACAGACCUCACGUCGCAGGUAUUCAUGGCCGAAGCAACGAUGGAGCUUAUUCACUGGUCCUGGCAGGAGGCUAUGAAGAUGAUGUGGAUCAUGGAAAUUCAUUCACUUACACGGGAAGUGGAGGUCGUGAUCUUUCUGGGAACAAACGCACGGCUGAGCAGUCUUGUGAUCAAAAACUUACAAACAUGAACAGGGCUCUGGCACUGAACUGCAGUGCUCCUAUCAAUGAUAAAGAGGGUGCAGAGGCUAAGGACUGGAGAGCUGGCAAGCCAGUCAGGGUGGUGCGGAACGUAAAGGGCGGCAGGCAUAGCAAAUAUGCUCCUGUGGAGGGGAACCGAUAUGACGGCAUAUAUAAGGUUGUCAAGUAUUGGCCUGAAACGGGGAAAUCCGGCUUCUUAGUGUGGCGCUACCUGCUCAGGAGAGACGACGAUGAGCCAGCCCCUUGGACCAGGGAAGGGAAGGAGAGGAUGAAAAAGCUUGGCCUGACCAUGCAGUAUCCCGAAGGGUAUCUGGAAGCUGUUGCAAACAAAGAGAAAGAAAACAGCAAGAAAACAGAAGAAUUUGAAACGCCUGGACAAGGGAAACGGAAACGGAAAUCUGGAAAUGAGACGGACCUUUCUCUUUCUCCUGCUGGCACACCCAAGAAGACUAAAGUAGAGUCCUACAAGCUCACCUCGCAGCAGAAAGCCCUCAUUAAAGAUGACAAAGCCAAUGCCAAGCUGUGGACUGAAGCACUAGAAGCUCUUAAGGAUGGGCCGAAAUUCCUGAACAAAGUGGAAGAAACUUUCCUCUGCAUCUGCUGUCAAGAAGUGGUGUUUCGGCCAAUCACAACCGUGUGCCAGCACAACGUAUGUAAGGACUGCCUAGAUCGAUCCUUCCGAGCAGAUGUGUACAGCUGCCCAGCGUGCCGUUAUGAUCUUGGGAAAAACUAUGCAAUGCAAGUGAACGAACGGCUGCAGUCUCUGCUAAAUCAGCUCUUCCCCGGCUACGGCAACGGACGGUGAUUCCACAAAGCACUUCUCAUUUCCUUUUAAAUUUUUGUUUUUGUCCCUUCAAGAAACUUUAUGGGGUUUUGGUGGGGCUUUAUUUAAAUAAAUAGCCUUUAAGGAAAGCUGUUGCUGUUGUUCCCCUUCUCCCCACACCCCUGAAAACUAUAAAGGUUGAGGAACCUGCUUAUGUAUGUUUGUAGUAAUGCUUGCAUUUUAUUAAAAAAGGAAACUUUUCUGAUUGUAGGAACUACAAAAUGGUUGUUGUACAUGUGCUACUAAAAAUUACAGAACUUCAUUUUCUAAUGAGGUCACAUAUUCCUUUUUUUAAAAUAAAAACCUAGUGCAUGGCUUGGUUGCUAAAACAAUCUCUUGGUCUAUGGGUUUUGGCCUUAAUUUUGAUGCUUUUGAUCUUUUUCUGGCAGCAUUUUUUUACUUGCUAUUACAGCAUUUUUGGCUAUUGUCUGCUUAGGACGCCACCCAGAUCAUUUGAGACCCCCCGAUUUGUAGACACUUUUUGAUGAAAGCCCUUCUCUACUGGUGGCUUGUCUUAAUGGCCUUUGUGUAACAUUUACUACCUCAGUCUCCAUACUUAACCAGCGAGGUGCUGCCUCCUAUUCGUAGUGCCAUAUGGGAACAUAUAAAAGCCAUUUAGAAGUGCCUUUUUUGUGCCUCUUUUUUGCUGAAAGACUGAGCUUUGAACAUUGUGUGUGUGGGGGGGAGAGGCACUGAAUUUUUUUUAAGGUGCUAACAAACUUUUGUUCUUUGGACUAUAAAAUGUAACACGGCUGCUCUAGAUCAUUAGCUUUAGAUCAUUGUUCUGCUGUGUCUUUCUGUUAAUUCGGAAUGUUUUUAUUCUACUUAAAAUGGAAAAUUAGGCAUGUAACUAGCUUUGAAAUGGAAAGGCUUGGUUGUAUAUUCGUUGGUUGGUUGGUCGGUCAAUUGGUCAUUCACCUCUACAGUUUUAUACCUCAGCAUAAAUUACUCUUCACAUCAGACAGACUGGAAAUAAAUGUGCUUGUUUAAUUUUUUCAGCUUCGUUAUAAAUGUAUAAUGUUUCGGAAAACUUUUUUGACUUUCUGAAUUAUGCUACAGUUUUGUACAAACAGAAGUUCUCAAAAAUAAAAACAACAUUUUUGCAUCAAAGAGAA